GGCGGGAGGAUUCAAGUAUUUGUUUAUUUAUUUAUUUAAGAAUUGAAGAUUGAUGACCUUUGAUUACACCGACACUAAUUCCCAGGCCACCCUUAAGGAAUGAGACCACGUGACUGAGCGGGGCGGUCGAACUACAAGCCAUUUUGGGGACAGUGUCAGUUUCCACUGAAUCACCAGCAUUGCUUUUUUUUCAAAGAAGUAAAAUUCAGAUCGGGCCAGCGAAGGGGAGUGAUCACAUCUCUUAACUGGACAGGCAUUACUGGAAUCUUCAGAAAACGCUUGCAUUCCCCUUGCAGAAGGUGGGAGCUGUAGAAAAACACGGUUUUUCGUAACUAAAAUGAGCUCGGGGUUGCCUUGCGCUUAUUGCAAUUGACAGCGGCUGCAGCUCUUUUCAAGAUGGCCGCUUUGGCUCGCAUUCAUAUUCUGCUGAUCGACUUCUAACUUUCAUUGUCUAUCCGUGUCUCCUUUCACUAUACAGCCCUUCUCUUUAUGGGACUUUGAUGUUCAUGAGGAUGCAUCGAACAACAAGAAUUAAAAUUACCGACCUAAACCCACACUUGAUGUGUGUGUUGUGUGGUGGAUAUUUCAUUGAUGCGACCACCAUAGUUGAAUGUUUGCAUUCAUUCUGUAAAAUGUGCAUCGUCCGCUAUCUGGAAACCAGCAAAUACUGCCCGAUUUGUGAUGUUCAGGUUCACAAAACCAAACCACUUCUAAAUAUUAGGGCUGAUAAGACUCUUCAGGACAUUGUGUACAAGUUGGUACCUGGCCUGUUCAAAAAUGAGAUGAAACGAAGGAGAGAUUUCUAUGCAGAACAUCCCUCAGUAGAUGCUGCUAAUGGAUCAAAUGAAGACCGAGGAGAGGUGGCAGAUGAGGACAAGAGAAUAAUUACAGAUGAUGAGAUAAUCAGUCUUUCCAUCGAAUUCUUUGAGCAGAACAAGGCAGAAAAACAAGGGAGUACAGAAGAGGGAAGAACAAAAGAGGAGGUGAAUAACAAGAGGUAUCUUCAGUGUCCUGCUGCCAUGACAGUCAUGCAUUUGAGGAAAUUCUUAAGAAGCAAAAUGGAUAUUCCGUCCACGUUUCAGAUUGAAGUCAUGUAUGAAGAUGAACCACUAAAAGAUUACUACACAUUAAUGGACAUUGCCUACAUCUACACUUGGAGGAGGAAUGGACCUUUACCUCUGAAGUACAGAGUACGGCCCAACUGCAAAAAGCUGAAACUCAACCACUCCCAGGAGGGCCUGAAUAGCACCAGUCGGUCCGAGAUGGAGAGCGACUCGGCGAGUGACAAAGCCAGCAGUCCUAGGGGGGUCCCCUCUACGUCCUCAUCCCUGCCCAGCCCGUCGACUCCAGUCCAGUCUCACCAUCUCCACUUCCCACACAUCUCCAGCACAGUCAACGGUACCACAAAGGCGCCCAGCCCGAGCCUACAGUCGCCCUUCACCAACAAAGUCCACAAGGCCAACCUCAUUGGCUCCUCCACAGGAUGAUUUCACAAAGGCUGCGCCACCAAAGCCAAAUCGCCCAGCUCUAUACAUGUGCUGCAUUCUAGGCGCUUUAUUUUUUAAUCACGUCACUGUAAUUAUGUAUGUGUACGUUUUUAUAAGUUAGUGGACAUCGUAUCUGUACAAACGGCUCCGAGGUACCGUCUCGCAUUUUAACGAAGAUCAAUACUGAAGUAUACAUUCGGGAAUUUCGGAUGUGGUCAACGUAACGCAUAGAAGAGGCGUUAAAACGAUCAUAUAACCACUUAGGUAGAAGGCUUUGUAGAACCUCCGCUCCCUGACCCCUUGCCUUCUGGACUGUUUAACUAGACAGUGUUGGGUGUCCUUUUAAAGUUUAUUUAAGCCCUUUUUCCACGAUAUACACGGCCGGGAAAUAUUUUUACCUACGAAGGCAGCGUAGAUUGCAAACAGUCCAGAAGGAAAACUCAGAAAUGACACUUGAAGAAUAUGUAUGGCUGGACAAGAGUUUAAAAUCUGUUAAAUUAGCCUUUUUAAGAAGCGGUAUGAUAAAGGGCGUACGAGGUACUUUCAGCUAAAGGGGAAGGGGAGACAUUUCAGAUUGCUUAAAUUCGUGUAAAUGAUCACAGUAGUUUCAGUUUAAUGGUAAUCGAUUCUUUCGCUCACGUAUGGAUGGACCGUAGCUAGCAAGAUAGCUGGGUCGGAAAUGAGUAAUUGUCUAGAAUUUACGUAGCCCUAUUUACUACUGUUUAAUUUUUAUUUUCCUUUUUACGCAGAGGAAUAACGAACGAAGGUCUGCUGCGUGGAAUCCUCUGUGUAAAAGUUUAAAAAUCAUUUCAUGCUAGAGGGAAUGUUUGGAUGUCUCCACAGUGUUCUACAUAUGUGUAUUGAUCGAUUGUAUGUAAAGCUAUUGCAUUGUUACUGUUGCACAGUAUAAAAUAAACCAUUUUACAUUUCGAUUACUUUAUUA